AUGCCUAGUCAAUCCCAGAAGUAUGCCAGCUGUUGGGCUGGUCUCAGAAAUGUAUCUGGGUCCAAUAUUGAUAAUAGAAUAAAAUGGCUUGAUAGACUUGACAGCUUUCGGCUGUUCAGUCAAGUUUGUGAAGACGACUCUGUCUCAAGCGAUGAUGAUGGGACAGACGACGGUUACUUCUCGAGAGAUGAAGAAGACUAUAGCGAUAAUGACAGCUUUAGCGAUGAUGACAACUUGGGUUAUGAGGACAGCGGAGAUUUAUUCGGCUAUUCCACUUCUCGCAUAAAGAUAUACGCUGUAAAACGGGGCCGCGAGAAGGGAAUCUUUAGUGAGCUCCAAACAGCCCUCGAUGCGACAUAUCGGUUUUCACAUUGUGCUAUGAAAAGUUUUACCAAUUUCCAGGCCGCAUGCGACUAUAUGAAAUAUCGCUAUUAUGCUGUUCAGAAGGGACAUGUUAAAGGAAUCUUCCGAUUGUGGGCUAAUGCUGUGGAGGCAUCAGCAAUGUAUCCGGGCUCGCGGAUGAAAUCAUUUAAAUCACUAAAACUGGCAAAGCUCUUCUUGGCCCUCACCGACAAGUCAUCUGUCGUUUUCACUGAUGGAACUAUUGUGGAUGGUCCAGAUAGGGGUCCCUGGUAUGGAAUCUUUUAUGGGCCUGAACAUCCUGAAAAUGAGUUCAGGCGACAGCCUGGUAAAAUUCAAACUGUUGAGCGAGCCAAAAUAAAAGCAAUCAGCAGAGUCCUCACAAAAACUCUCAUGUGCGGCCAAAAGUAUCAGCAAAUACAUUCGUCUUGUAAGUCUACUGUUGAUGCAUUAACUAGCAAUGAGUCUCCACUACCAAAUCGUGACCUCAUUUUGAAUUGUAAAGUUAAGUUGAAGGAUCUUGCUGCAAUAGGAGUCCGGUUACAAAUUAUAGGAGAUCAGAACAAAGACAAAAUUGAUGAGUACCGAGAGGUUCGCGAAUUGAUAAACAAAGCUGCCAGGCAAUAA